AUGACUGUUCUUUCUUCUGAGAACUGCUCUUCUCAGUACGAGGUAUAUCAAACAAAUCAGCCCCUAAAUGUUAGUGGUCUGCUGUUCUUGAUUUUAUUUGGGAAAACAUUAUUAAAUAUCCUCACACUAGGAAUGAGUAGAAAAAACACCUAUCAAAAUUUUAUGGGAUAUUUUUGCAUUUCACUGGCAUUCAUUGAUUUUUCCCUUUUGGUAAACAUUUCCAUUAUAUCCUAUUUUGGGGAUUUUGUACUUUUAGGCAUCAGGCUAACUAAAUACCACAUCUGCCUAUUAACUCAAAUUAUUUCUUUUACUUAUGGCUUUUUGCAUUAUCCAGUUUUCCUGAUAACUUGUAUAGAUUAUUACCUGAAUUUCUCUAAAACCACCAAACUUCCAUAUAAAUAUCAAAAAUUAUUUUAUUUCUUUACAGUAAUUUUAAUUUGGGUUUCAGUCCUUGCUUAUGUUAUGGGAGAUCCAGCCAUCUACCAAAGCCUGAAUGCACAGAAUGCUCAUUCUUAUCAGUGUCCCUUCUACACCAGCAUUCAGAGCUACUUGCUCUCAUUUUCUAUGAUGAUGAUCUUACUUGUGGUUUUAAUAACCUCUUGGCCAGAAGUUGUUGCUUUGGUACAGGCUGUUAGGAUAACUUCCUAUAUGAAUGAGGCUAUCAUAUAUUUUCCCUUUUCUUCACACUCUAGUUAUACCAAGAGCUCUAAAAAAAAACUCUUGCCCAAGCUUAUUAUGUGUUUUCUCGGUACCUGGUUGCCAUUUGUACUACUUCAAAUAGUAAUCCUUUUAUUUAAAAUACAGAUUCCAGCUUAUAUUGAGAUGAACAUUCCCUGGUUGUACUUUGUCAAUAGUUUUCUCAUUGCUACAUUUUAUUGGUUUAAUUGUCACAAGCUUACUUUAAACGAUACCACAUUACCUGAGGAUCCUUUUGUGAGCUGGAAAUUUUGCUUCAUUCCACUUACAAUACAUAGUCUUGAGAAAGUUGAAAAUCCUAUAUCUGUAAUUAUUUGUUAA